UGAAAAAAAGGGGUGGCCGUGGUGGCUCAUGUGCAACUUGCUGGUUUGGGGCGGGUUUAUUUUUGGGCAAGUCUGUGUGCAGAGGCAACUCAAACGGAGUGAGGGAGCGUACGAGAGCGCACGGCGCACAGACCAGACGCAGCAGGCAGGAGAGAGAGAAGGGCGCAGAGAUUUCAGUUGCACCCCCGCGUUAGAUGCGCGCAACACCAUUCUGAACGACGGGGAAGGAAAAUAUAGAAAUACGCUUUAAUGCUUGUAUGGAAAUUAGCACAACUUGAACCUGCUUGUAUUUAACAAUCUGAAUAUUUGGGGGUUUUUUUUUUAAUCAUCGCUCUGCAGAGAAAGCAAUGCAGCUGCUGAUUGAGGGAGGAGAGCAUUUACUAAGUUGAAACUGGAAAUUUCCGCGCUCUUUAAUUUUGUGGUGGGUUUUUUUUUCGGAUCUGCUUUUGGCUUCCACAGAGAUGCAACCAGGAAAAAUGAAGGGACUCUUUCUGACAAGAGUGUGGAAAGUUCUGGUUGUUUUGGCGCUGGCAACGCAACACAUCGCCGGCAAGACGUUGAAAUAUCAAAUCUUCGAGGAGCAGAAGGUUGGCACGGUUAUCGCCCGCUUGAAGGACGACGUCGCGGACGUGCUGGCCAAACUUCCCAGCUCCGUGUCGCUCCGCUUCCGAGCCAUGCAGAGGGCCAGCUCGUCGUUCCUCGCGGUGCGCGAGCAGGACGGAGAAAUCAGCAUCAGGACCAAGAUCGACCGCGAGAAACUCUGCGAAAAGAAUCUCAACUGUUCCAUUCAGUUCGACGUGCUGACCCUCCCCACCGAGCACCUGCAGCUGUUCCACGUCGAGGUGGAGGUGUUGGACAUCAACGACAACGCGCCCCAGUUCGCCCGCGCCGUGAUCCCCAUUGAGAUCUCCGAGAGCGCGGCCGUGGGGGCGCGCAUUCCCCUGGACAGCGCCACGGACCCCGACGUCGGGGAGAACUCGCUGUACACGUACGCCUUGGAGCCCAGCAGCUUCUUCAAGGUGGACAUCCAGUCCAGGACCGACGGCGCCAAAUAUGCAGAGCUGGUGGUGCUCAGGGAGCUGGACCGGGAGGUGCGCUCCAGUUUCGAACUUCAGUACACGGCGUCCGACAGGGGCUCGCCCGCCAGAACGGGCACGACCCUCCUCAAAAUCAGCGUCGCCGACUCGAACGACAACAGCCCGAUUUUUGACAAGUCGUCGUAUGUCAUAAAUCUCCCGGAAAAUUCACCUGUUGGCACGCUGCUCGUUGACUUGAACGCCACGGACGCGGACGAGGGCACCAACGCCAAAAUCGUCUACUCGUUCAGCAGUCACGUGUCCCCCAAAGUCAUGGAGACGUUCAAGAUGAACCCCGACAGUGGCCACCUGACCCUCAUCCGGCGCGUGGACUACGAGACCGUCAGUUCCUACGACAUCGACGUGCAAGCGCAGGACAUGGGUCCGAACUCCAUGCCCGCCCACUGCAAGAUCCUGGUCAAGGUGGUCGACGUGAACGACAACAAACCGGACAUCAGCGUCAACCUCAUGACCUCUCAGGGGAACGGGGAUGCGGCGUACAUAUCCGAGGCUUCCGCUUUGGACACGUUCGUGGCCCUGGUGAGGGUGGAGGACCUGGACUCCGGCUUGAACGGGGAGGUCGAGUGUAAACUACACGGACAGGGCUAUUUCAAACUGCAAAAGACCUAUGAGAACAAUUACAUGAUUCUGACCAACGUGUCCCUGGACAGAGAGAAGAGGUCAGAGUUCAGUCUGACGGUGGUGGCAGAGGACAGGGGGACGCCCAGUCUCUCCACAGUCAAACAUUUCACAGUGCACGUGACCGAUGAGAACGACAAUGCGCCGCGUUUCGAGAAGGGGCGGUAUGAGAUCUUUAAAUCGGAGAACAACGCCCCCGGAGCAUAUCUGAGCUCCAUCAUGGCCACAGACCCCGACCUGGAUGCCAAUGGACAGGUGAGCUACUCCAUCUUGGAGAACUCUGUUCACGGGAGCUCCAUCUCCACCUACGUCACCAUCGACCCCUCAAACGGCGCCAUCUACGCGCUGCGUACAUUCGACCGCGAGGACGUCAGCCGCAUCUCCUUUGUUGUGCAAGCCAAGGAUGCGGGGAAACCAUCACUCCUGAGUAACGCCACAGUCAUCCUCAACAUCCUGGACGAGAACGACAACCCCCCAGUCAUCGUGGUGCCCCAGCUGUGGAACUUCACCGCUGAUGUGCCUGCGUCAAAGUUCACAGAGGCCGGGCACUUGGUGACAGUGGUCCGAGCGACCGAUCUAGACACGGGGGUCAACGCGGAGCUAAUCUGCUCGAUUGUCAGCGGCAACGAGGAGGGCUUCUUCCUCAUCGACCCAAGAACCUGUGAAAUCCACGCCAACGCCAGCCUGGAGAACUUCCCCCAUGAGAACGCUGAGCUGACAGUCGUGGUCCGAGAUCAGGGGAGCGAGAGCCUCAGUGCCAAGGCCGUGCUGAAAAUCACUCUCUAUGAGAACAUGGAGAACCACGUCCAGGUGAUGGACCAGGGCGAGUCUCCACUCGACGCGUCCCUGAUCAUCAUCAUCUCCCUGGGGGCCAUCUGUGCCGUGCUCCUGGUCAUUAUGGUGGUGUUCGCCGCGCGCUGCAACCGCGAGAAGAAGGACAACAGGAACUCCUACAACUGCCGGGUGGCUGAGUCCACCCAUCAGCACCACCCCAAGAAGCCCUCGCGCCAAAUCCACAAGGGCGACAUUACCCUGGUGCCCACGGUGAACGGGACCCUGCCCAUCAGAGCCCACCACCGCUCGCCCUCGGCCUCGCCCCCCAUGGACCGGGCCCAGAUGGGAAGCCGACAGAACCAUCACAGUCGCCAGUCCCUGAACAGCCUGGUGACCAUCUCGUCCAAUCACAUCCCAGAGAGCUUUGCCCUGGAACUGGCUCAUGCAACUCCACCAGUGGAGCAAGUCUCACAGCUUCUGUCCAUGCUCCAUCAGGGCCAGUACCAGCCCAGACCCAGUUUCCGUGGCAACAAAUACUCCCGCAGCUACAGGUAUGCAUUACAAGACAUGGACAAGUUCAGCCUGAAGGACAGUGGCCGUGGGGACAGCGAGGCGGGCGACAGUGACUGUGACAUGGGGAGGGAAUCCCCCGUGGACAGACUGCUGCUGGGGGAGGGCUUCUCUGACCUGAUCCACCUCGAAAUUCACCAUCGACUCCACCCCGCUAUGAGACUGUGCACGGAUGAAUGCCGCGUCCUGGGACACUCUGACCAGUGCUGGAUGCCCCCCCUCUCCUCGCCUGCCUCCUCCUGUGACUACCGCAACAACAUGUACAUCCCCGGGGAGGAGUCCUCCCAGCAGCCACCGCUCGACGAUGACCAGUCCUCGGUUGACUCGGAGCGCCGCAAAAGCUUCUCGACCUUUGGCAAGGAGUCCGGGAGCGAAGAGGCCGGCGCAGGGGGGGUCGUCGCCGGAGGAGGAAGUGAUGCGUGUGCAGCCGGGGGAGGGGCUGGCUCCCUCCUCACGGAGAUGAACUCUGUGUUCCAGCGGCUCCUCCCCCCUAAUGCGGACUCGUACACAGAGUGCACCGAAACAAGCCCCCCAUCGUCCUCGUCGACCGCGGAGAGGGGAGGCGGACGUGGCGGCAACGCCGCUGCUAACCACAGUAACAACGCCGUUCCGCAGGACAACCGCAGAGGGUUGUUGCCAGGUGGGAAAGGUCCCGCUUAUCCCCCAGGUGUGGCUGCAUGGGCGGCUAAUACCCACUAUCUGAACCCUGGAAAUGGAUCUGUGGCGACCAACCAUGUUUCCCCCGCUUCCUCUUCCUCUUCAUCCGCAGCCUCCACUGCCGCCUCCACCAAUGGGCAGCCGCCACACCUCAAAUGGCUGCCGGCCAUGGAGGAAAUCCCAGAGAAUUACGAGGAAGAUGACUUUGACGGCGUCUUCCACCCGGGUCACCAAGGUGGUAAGCGCAGUGAGGGCCGCCACGAGGCCGGCAUGGACUCCAGUGAGCUGGUGCACGAGAUCAACAAGCUGCUGCAGGACGUCAGACAGAGCUAGAGAGGAGCAGCAACAGUGAAGGCAUGGUUUCAUGUGUAUAUGAGGGUAGCGACAUUUCAACACACUCUGGCAAAUGCUUGCUCCUUGUGCCAACAUAAACAUACAAACUACAUGAUGACUGUUUCGUGUUCACAGUAACGCUUGUCUUGUCUGUUUUAUCCAAAUAUCCUCUUCGCCGCCCGGUGCCGGGAGACAAAGAGUGAAAGUGAAACGUGGCACCGAAUGUCACGAUCGAGGCGACUUAGCGGCAUCAAAGCGAGCGCGCCGCGAACAGAUUGCUCAGUUGUCAUUAGAGCCUCUCCGAUUUCAAACAGAAAUCCGCGCGCGGAAACGGCACCCUUUCUUCAUUUGUGAUGUUUACAGCAGCGUGAACAGACGCCGCGGGGAGAAACCAACAGCUGUGUGAUCUGAUUUCUGCUUUUACAGUGUACAAUAUUGUACAGUGUCUGUGGGGGGGAAAAAAAGGCAAAGUCACUUGAAUAUCGUGCUAUGUCUCCUGUUUCGUUAUCAUGGAUUGUAAACUGUACAAUUUGACCUUUGUAUUUUAAAAAUACACUCUUUUUCUACUUCUAUAUAUAUUUAUAUGUGUCCAUGUAUGUUUGUACAGAAAAAGAAAACAAAUGUCUAUUUUUUAUAUUCGUCACUGCAUGUCUUAAUAUCAUUCAAUGUGUCUCCCCCCCCCCCCCGCCCGCCCGCCCCUGUUUAUUUGAUAAAAGCAGCUGUAUUUAAUUUUGUUAUUGAAUGCGUGUGUGUGUGUGUGUGUGUGUGUGUUUGUGUGCGCGUAUUAAUAAUAAUCACAUUCCAAUGCAGUUCCAUGUUGGAAUUUGGUUUUGUAUGGUAACAUUGUGACCAGUGGAUGGUAAAUAAAGUGGGAGGAUUCAUAUCA